AUGUUCUGCCCAAGUAAGAGUGACAUUGAAGUCCAAUGCUCCAAUUAUUUUUUCUGAUAAUAAAGAUUGCCAUGUCUCACCCCAGUGUGUCUCCCCACACCACCACAGGUUGUCACAGACUGUCAUACUGAAAAGUGUGUGUGUGUGUGUGUGUGUGUGUGUGUGUGUGUGUCCCUGCAUGUACGUGUGUGUCUAUUUCCAGCUGUAUGCCAUUUCGAGGAAGAAGAGUUGGUGGAGGGAGAUCAGAAAGCGGUGCAUUAUAACUCUGGCAGAUGCCAGCUGUCCGAGUGCAGAGUGAGUAACACUACAGCCCUAAUGAAAACAUACAACUGGUGUUUUUCUGCAGUACUGCUUGCUUUAAACUCCUACAACUCUUCUGAAAAAAUACAAUAAUUCAAGCAAACAACCACAAAGUGUAUUUCAGUCUUUUCAUUUCCAUCUUGAUGUGAAUGACAGCCUCAUCAAAUACUGAUUCCAGACUGGAGCUGCUCUCCUCAGGCCAGGGGCUAAAUCAAGCCUGAAUGAGAGACUGUGAUGGGCCGUCAACAUCAGCUAAAUUUAUUGAUCUGUUGGUUAUCAACUUUCCAUUUUUUCUAUUGCUCUCUAAGGGGAAAGUAAAUGGGCAGAACUGAGUAAUUGAGUUUCCAUGAGGGUACCAAACUGUCACAGCAUGUCAAUCACUCAGUGUUUUGAUCGAUCCUCAUCAAAUAGAUCUAUGGAUUCCUGCAUGGCCCUAUAGAUUUUAUCUAUUAAAAAAAUGGUGCCCGUAAGUAAGCAUUUCACUGUUAGUCUAAACCUGUUGUUUACUAAGCAUGUGACAAUUAAGAUUUUAUUUUAUUUGAGACUGAUGGAUGUACACUCUUAGAAUAAAGGUGCUAAGUACAACCAUACAGGGUUCUUCGGGUUGUCCCCAUAGGGGAACCCUUUUUGGUUCUGGGUAGAACCCUUUGCAGAGGGUUCUAUCUAGAACCCUCUAUGUAGGGUUCUUCAAAGAACCACCUGUAUAUGGUUCUACCUAGAACCCUCUAUGAUGGGUUUUACCAAUAACCAUUUUAUAAUCUAAAGGUUCUUCCUAAAACCGUCUAUGAAGGGUUCUACCGAGAACCCUUUUAUCUUAGGAGGCCUAAAUGAACGGUUCCACCAGCCUUAUUAGCCUUUAAAAUGUAUAAUUUAUGAUAAUAUAUUACAUAUCUCAUAAGGCCUUUCUUUAAGGCCUAUAUAUACCCUAACACAGUGGUGUUAGGAAUCUCCUGGUUUUCAGGCCACAUCAGCCCCGCAAAUCACAUUAUGCUGGCUUGCGUAAGUGAUGUGUAAUUCUAUUGGAAUCCAGCCAGAGUUAGGAUAUCAAAGAAGUGAAAUUGUUAAUCACCCACAACCUGCACUCAGGGUGACUGCAGGGUCUGGAACAACCAUCUCAGUAACGGGUGCAAUAAAUCCAACAGAUUGGAUUAGUUUAGAAAACUGUAUGUUAUUAAUCUUUGUGUAGCAUAAAAUGUAUCGACCAAUCAAUGUACAUGCAAAAACACAGAUAUUACAGUAAAACAACCAAUUCUGAAAAUCUCCCUGCAAUAGAGCAUGCUGGGAAAUAUUAUAUAUGGUUCUAUGUAGAACCCUUCUUGCCUACCAAAUAAUCUUUCUUGCCUUCCAAAGAAUAAUCUUCCAAAAAAGGUUAUUUAGGAUGUUAAAGGUUGUAGGUAGAACCCUUUGCCUUACAAAGAACCCUUGUCUUCCAGAAAGGGUUCUUCUGAUCAAAACGAUUCUUGGUAGAACCCUAUCCCUCCGCGAAGAACCCUUUUGGAACCCUUUUUUUUCUAAGAGUGUAGGGUGAGGUCACUCACCUGGCCCACUGGCAGCACCUGCUUUCUGACAUCACAGAGACAGGCAUGGAUAAAGAUACAGCUACAGACACAGAUAGACUCAGAGAUACACAGUUACAGACACAGAUAGACUCAGAGACACAGUUACAGACACAGUUACAGACACAGAUAGACUCAGAGAUACACAGUUACAGUCACAGUUACAGACACAGAUAGACUCAGAGAAACACAGUUACAGUUACAGACACAGUUACAGACACAGAUAGACUCAGAGAUACACAGUUACAGACACAGAUAGACUCAGAGAUACACAGUUACAGACACAGUUACAGUUACAGACACAGUUACAGACACAGAUAGACUCAGAGAUACACAGUUACAGACACAGUUACAGACACAGUUACAGACACAGAUAGACUCAGAGAUACACAGUUACAAACACAGAUAGACUCAGAGAGACACAGUUACAGACACAGUUACAGACACAGAUAGACUCAGAGAUACACAGUUACAGACACAGUUACAGACACAGUUACAGACACAGAUAGACUCAGAGAUACACAGUUACAGACACAGAUAUAGACAUACAAUAGAUAAAGAUAGACACAGAAAGACACACACAGACAUAGACACAGGCAACAGACACAAGCUGCAGAUCCAGACAUUGGCUGCAGAUGAAAGGACUGGGUGAUGGGAAUAGUCAUCCUGGUCCUCCAGUCUCAGACAGGUGGCCAUCUGGCUACUGGUGACAGCUGCCUGUCAUGUCAUAUGCCUCUGAUCUCAUGUCUGACUGCUGCUGGUUGUGGGAGGUUUCUAGGGAGGGACUGACUAACAUAGAGAUACAACUAUUAGAUGUAUCUCUAUUUUGACUGAGCUGUGUGGAAUGUAGCUAGUUAGAGAUGAGUUCUAAGUUGGUUUAUUAGGUUGGUUUUCUCUGGUUGUGUGUUAAUGAUCAUGAAUCGGCAUCAGUCAGGUAGACAGAGCGGAGAGGAGCGGAGCCAUUAAAGAUGGCUGUUGAAGAGAUGGUGGAGAGGGAGCCCCCUAAUAACAUUUACUGUCUAAUAACACAAUUGGGGACAAUUACACUGAUUUCAUAUCCUUCUCUGUUCAAUUAGAUAUCAUGCUCAUACUCAUCAUAAACCUCAAUAGACUGGUUGGUUGUUUAGCAACAAAACCGACUUGUGCGCAACUAUGGGACAAAAGAGACGGGGUUGGCUUAUAAACUAUAUUUAGUCUCCAAAUAUUUAUUGAAAACAUAAAUACAUUUGCACAAUGAGCACUUGUUGUCUCUCAAAUACAUAGUUACAGUUGUUGGUUAGCUAGCUAGGGAAUAUUUGCCAUAUUAGCAUAGACAUGACAUGAGUCAAAACACCUCAAAACAUGACUGGGUAUCAAUAACAAGAUACAACGAGCUGAAACAAGAUACCUACAAUUCCCCACAUGGCAGCUUCUUGUCAUUGUUUCUAGCUAUCUGACCGUUCAGAAUCAUAACACCACACGGCCUUCUACCUCAUCGAUACGCGUGCAUCGUUUUCGUGACAUUGUCAGCCAACCCGUCUAUAGGUAAGAGAAUCGACAUGCAGAGUUUUACUACAGCUAAACACUAACCUGAAAUAUGUAGACCUUACUGCUAUUGACCCAUCAUUAUGUCACUUUAGUUAGGAAGAUGUGCACAGUGAGGAAGGAGGCACAAAAUGGAUGCCUAAUUGCCUCUAAUUAAAUUCAAGCCUUAUCAAAUCUGUGGGAAACCAGCAGCUGAGCUAAUCUAACCCUCAUUGGGUUGUAUCUCAUAUUGUUUCUCAUUUUUUCCCUGUUACUAGGAAAGGACCAUGCAUCGGGUCGUCAUGACAACCCCCUGUCCUGAGCUCAACUGUCCAGAGUCCGAGCAGGUCACCCUCACCAACAGGUGCUGCAAAGUCUGCAGAGGUAUGGGAAAAUACACUUACCUACCUAUAUUCUACAGUACAGAUGUAAACCUUAAAAUAAUCAGAAAAUCAUGACUGGAAUCAUUGCAAGAAACCCACCUGGACUGUUAAACCCAGUCUGACAACAGUGACUGUUUGUAACCUCCAUAGAGAUAGAUCGAGGACUCAUCUUUGUAUCUGUGCCAUUAUAGCGUCUGUGACAGCAUGGGCAGCGCAAUUGGGGCUAUCUCCAUUUUAAAGUAGUACAUUUUGGCUGAUUGCUCCCAACUCAUAGGAAUCAUCACCCAGUUGACUGCUUUAAUAUGGUGGAAGCCAUCAAUGGCAAUGUCCAUGCUAAAACAGGUUAUAUCCAUGAUGAGUCCUCUAUCUCUAUGGUAACCUCUGACCUCUGUGCCCUAGGUCAUGACUUCUGUGCCGAGGGCCACGGCUGUGUGGAGCACUCUGACUGUAUCAACUUGGAGGCUGGGGCCUGUUGCAGCUGCAAGGGCGGUUUCCGCCCGCUCCGAGACGACAACGCAUACUGUGAAGGUACACAAAGGAUUCUAAUAGAAUAA